UUCUCCUCACUAUUACUGCUGCACAGCCCCCCCACAAGCACCAUCCAGACCUACUGGAGUGUGACUAGAGCAGUUAUGCAGUCUCCAGAGUAGCUCUCAGCCCGAGCCCAACAGCACCUCAGAUAUCCUUGUUAAGCGCUGUGCUGAUACCCCAGGGCUGGGGUAUACUUCCCAGAGGAGUGAGCUCCCAUUAGGGACAUUAAGCAAAGGCUCCCAUUAAGGACAGGGGCUGAAGCGGAGAUACCUCCAAAUGCCAUAUACCGUGGCCGUGAGCGACAAGAGGACGCAGCAAGUGACUAGAAAGUCGAAGUGUGAAAGAAACUGUUUCCUUUCGCUUGCUUGAUUAAUUCUGAAGCUCCUAGUAUUUGUGGUGCUAGGUCAACGUGAGGACACUGUCUGAAUGUCUUUGUGGGAAAGUUCCUCUUUGGAACAGGUGCUUUUGUAGAACGGUAUCCUGACUUGUUAGAAGAAGACGAAGUCAAGCUAAUUCUACACAAGUGAAAGCAGAGCAAAGAAAGGAUGGCCAACUCUGGAUUUCAGCUCCUGGGCUACUUCUUGGCUUUGGGAGGAUGGAUCGGCAUCAUCUCCACCACGGUGCUUCCACAGUGGAAGCAGUCAUCGUACGCAGGGGACGCCAUCAUCAUGGCAGUAGGGCUGUACGAAGGCCUUUGGAUGUCUUGCGCAUCCCAGAGUACGGGACAGGUGCAGUGCAAGAUAUUUGACUCCCUGCUCUCCUUGGAUAUACAUAUCCAGACAUGCCGAGCGCUGAUGGUCAUUUCUGUGCUGAUGGGCUUCAUUGCCAUUAUUGUGAGCGUCGUGGGCAUGAAGUGCACCAAGGUGGGCGACAACAACCCAUCCAUCAAGAACAAAAUUGCUGUGGCUGGAGGAGGGCUCUUCCUGUUCGCAGGUAUCUGCACACUGGUGUCUGUGUCCUGGUAUGCUACGCAAGUCUCCUAUCACUUUUUUGAUCCCAACACACCUGUAAAUGCCAGGUAUGAAUUUGGCUCCGCCCUGUUUGUGGGAUGGGCGGCGGCCUGCUUGACGAUGCUGGGUGGCUCCUUCCUCUGCUGCUCCUGUGCUAAUGAGGAAAGAAGAGGGCAGCAGUACUACCGGCAAUCACAACCGUCUACAGACAGGGAGGCUGAGUUGUUGAGUGAGACUAGUUUCCCUGACUGACCAACCCUACCCCGCCUUUAUUCGAAGACUGUCCGAGCUCCACUCUGUUUCUGUCCCCCUCCCUACUUCUGUUCUAAAUCUGGACCUUUGUCUUGCCGCUAUAGCCUGUGUUGCGCCCUAAAAACCUACGUGCCUUUCAUCAGCACCUGAUGAAUACAGAAUAAAAAUGUGUCGAACCAUUGUAAGCCCAUUUGUUGUGUGCUCACCUCCCUCUUGUCCCGCUCCCUCAAACCUUUGUAAAUAUGUACUCUUCUUACACUUGGCCUGAUGUAAAGUAUGAGUGGAUUUACGGUGUUAUGGCAUAUGUAAGCAUGUAAAACUGUAUCCAAUUUCAUCAUUUAUGUUCUGUAACAUAAGCUACAAACAACAUUUUCUGAACGGUGGACGUCCUGAUCUGAUCAGACACCACUGCGUUCAGGUUCUGUUUGUAACUCUUAAGCUUACUGAAACAUGUUCUUUUCUUUUAAAUCGCAGAGCAAAUGUUAAAAGUUCUCCACCAGACAAAGGGGAGCAGUACUUGUAGUUUGGGAGAGGGCGGCUCCGUUGGUCUCACGCUGUUUUAGAUUUUGGCAACAGACAAGACACUCUCUUGGUAAUAAAUUAAAGUAAACAAGUGAAAUAAAUUACAAUAAAGUUUUAUGAAAGCAAAAGAAAUGGUAAAGUGAAAUAAAAAAAAAUGACAAUGUAUUUCUGUAAUAAGCAAUGUUUACCCAUCUUGUUUGCAAAUGCUUAUGAAUGCAUUCCUAAAAACAUGUUGUUGUGCUGUACAGGGCCAGUAUUGACAUGUAUAUGAAAGACACUGACCAGAAAUUCAACACAGAGUGAGCCAAAAGUUGGGUCUUUGCAGAAGAGUUUGCUAAAGUCAGUCUUAGUUACUUUUGCUUGUUUUGUAAUGUCAUUAGACCUCAGUUGCCCUCAAAUGUAUUUCUGAGACUUGAUUCAGGGUACGUAAAGAUGCAUUUCAUCACUUAUGCAAGUAUGAAUUCCUGUGUAGCAUAAUACCAAUGGUUUUUAACCAGGCUUUGACUCACACUGUCGUUUAUUUUUUGCUAAUUUGUCAAGUGAAAACUUGCAUAUCCUUUCCAUUGUGUCUUUGCCCCUCACUGUAAAGUCAAACUGUAAAGUUGAAGAAGCAAAGUUGAAGUUGCAGAACAAACUGGAACAAAAUCCAAAUGUAGUGCGCAAAUGAUUUGUCUUGAUGAAUGGAAGUUCCUGACCGAGUCUGGAAUUGUGUUCAACUUGCAUUGAAAGGCACUUAUCUCUUGUGUUAUGUCUGUGUUUAAAAGAGGCCAUUCGUGUAAUGGUCAGUCAUUAGCUCGUAAUCAAGUCCUUUAGUUCUGUAUAUUUUCCAUCAAACAUUUCCUAAUAUUCAAGUAUGUAUCAUCUCAAAUAAAGUAUCAGUGGUUCUGUUUUUCUGUUUUGAAAUAAAAUAAAACAUACAAAGCUGAA